GCCUCAGCCAAUCCCCUCCACACCUCCAUCGUCGCCCUCUCUCCUCUCUCCUCUCUCCUCCGGUCGCUGUCACACUCAUCAUGAUUCCCUCUCUCCGGUCUCGUGCCCACGUUCUCCCUUCCCUCCCGCUCGCUUUCUCCCAUCCCACCCUCUCCUUCCGGCCCUCCUCCCUCUCCGUCAAGCCCCUCUCCGCCGCCGCCGCCGCCGCCGGCCCGACCAUGUCCGCCUCCGCCGCUCCGCCCGUCGAGCACAUCGUCCUCUUCAAGGUCAAGGAAGGCACCGACCCCUCCCGCGUCGGCGCCAUGCUCGCCGGCCUCAACGGCCUGGUCUCGCUCGACCAGGUCCUCCACCUCGCCGCCGGCCCCGUCCUCCAGACCCGGUCCUCCCUCUUCUCCUUCACCCACAUGCUCCACAGCCGCUACCGGACCAAGGACGACCUCGCCGCCUACUCCGCCCACCCGAGCCACAUGGGGGUCGUGAAGGAGUCCGUCCUGCCCAUCUGCGACGACAUCAUGGCCGUCGACUGGGUCGCCGACCGCGCCCCCGAGGCCCUCGCGGUGCCCCCCGGGUCGGCCGUCAAGGUGAGCUUCCUCAAAUUGAAGGAGGGGCUGGGGGACGCCGCGAAGGGCGAGGUCUUGGGGGUGAUUCAGGGGAUCAAGGACGGGUUUGCGCAGGUCGAGCAGGUGACCUGCGGGGAGAACUUCUCGCCGGCGCGGGCCAAGGGGUUCUCGAUCGCCUCGCUCGCGGUUUUCAAGAGCGUGGAGGAGAUGGAGGCCGCGGCGGCCGACGAGGAGGCCGUGAAUUCGCGCAAGGAGAAGGUUAGGGAGUACUUGGACGGCGUGAUCGUGGUGGAUUACGUGGUCCCGGAGCUGCAGCCGGCGAGCGCGAGCCUCUGAUGGGACGACGGAUGAUUGCCUCCCUUUCUGAGGUUAAUGUAAAAUGUCUGUGUCUCUCUGUUGCUCUGUCUGUUGAGAUCCUGAAACUGCUUAGUCGAAUAAAGUAUGUGUUGAGCAAGUCUUGGUGCUUGAAUUGCAUUUUGAUCUCUAAUUAUAUGGCCCUCGAGUUGAUAUGGAGUAGAUUUACCGUCUUAUAGACAAAGGGUGUAUGAUUCUUGAAUGAAUGAAGGACAGAGUCUAGUGCUUCUUCCGAUUA